CACAGAUACCCUGGGCCUCUUGUAUAAUUAGUCGACUACCUGGUUCGGAGUAGGGUGUUUUCCUAUUGUAUUCCCAUUCUACGGAGUAGGCGCCAGGAAUUCUGGCAAUAAGCGAGCCCAGACUCUCUCCCAUCCAUACCUAUUGGCACGGGACUACUACAUCGUCCUCGUGUCCCUCCCUCCGCCUCUUCUCUCCAUGCGUUCCUUUCUUCGACAUUUCUUCAGCAAGAGAGCGUCCACUGCUACUGCUCCUCCGCCACUGAAUUCCUCGAGAAUGGCCUACUCAUCAUCGACAUCAGCGCUGGUGUAUGCCGCGACCGUAGCCGUCCCUUCAAUCGCCGCCGCCCGUCCCGACGACGACGUCACAAAGGCCAAAGGCUGGCACGUCAAGUCGGGAGGCUUCGACAACCCGUGGCCCUCAUGGAACAUGCACUCUGCGCCGGCGAUCAUCGGUGGCAUGCUCAUGCGACGGGUCUCAGGCCGCGCAAAUAAACCAAACACCACCCCUCCAACUGUCCCCGUCCACGCUCCAACAUUCCUACCCUGUCGCACUUCAAGUACUUCACUGCGCGCAACCUGGCUGGGCCACGCAUGCUACUACGUGGAAUUCCCCUCGGGCCUGCGUGUGCUCUUCGACCCCGUCUUCACAGACCGCUGCAGUCCCUUCUCAUGGCUAGGCCCCAAGCGGUACACCGAGAUGCCCUGCCAGAUCCGUGACAUACCCACGAUCGACGCCGUCGUCAUCUCUCACAACCACUACGACCACCUCUCUCACCCGACCAUCAUGGAAAUCCACAAACUACACCCGGAAUGUCAGUUUUUUGUGCCUCUGGGAAACAAAAAGUGGUUCGAAGCAUGCGGGAUCAAGAAACAAUGCCACGAACUCGACUGGUGGGAAGAGGUGGACUUUACGCUGACACCGUCUUCCUCGGCAGCAAAGAGCGACAAAGCAAGCGUCUCCUCCGCCGACACGCCGUCUGCGAAACCCGCCGCAGACGCGAUCACCAGCAGAAUAUCAUGUCUACCGUGCCAACACAUCUCGUCACGGAGUAUCCACGACCGCGCCGCGACCCUCUGGUCGUCGUGGUCCGUCAGUUCGGGCGGGAGGAGCGUCUACUUUGGCGGCGAUACGGGGUACCGGUCCGUCCCCAAAGAAAGUGAGGGUAAAGACGACUGGGCCGAAGAAUACGCCAAUCUCCCCCACUGUCCAGCUUUCAAAGACAUAGGGGACCUCAAAGGGCCGUUCGACCUCGGCCUCAUCCCCAUCGGCGCCUACAUGCCCCGGUGGAUCAUGAGCCCCAUGCACGCCGACCCCAGGGACGCCGUCGAGAUCUUCAGGGACACCAAAUGUAAACGGGCCAUGGGCAUCCACUGGGGAACCUGGGUCCUGACGGAGGAGGAUGUCCUCGAGCCGCCAGAGCUGCUCAAAAAGGCCCUCGCCCACCACUCGAUCCCUGAGACUGGUGUUUUCGACAUCUGUGACAUUGGCGAGAGCCGAGAGUUUUGAGAAGUCCCGAUUUUAACAGAGCGUGUGGCGUUGCGCGAUCACGGAGACACCCUUGUACGGAGUAAAGAGAGCAAAUCGUCUGUAUAUCCUAAUUACCUAGAUAGAAGCUUCCCCAAGCAAAAGCGCGACCGCGGGCUGCGUUGUGGAGUAGUAGAUGAAAGAAACGCAUUGUGUCAAAAGCUGGCACGGAUUUGGAAAACACUUGAUUCUGUCAACAGUUUCACUUCCCGAUGGCUCA